UCUCAAGAGGACGUGUCUCUCUCUGGAAAUAAAUAGCCCCUGAAAAAAGAAAAAUAUACAAAACGCCGCGUGUGUCAGUGUGUGUCUGUGUGUUGCCCAAGCGUGUGAUGAACGAGCGCAUUAAUUGAAAGAUAAUCAAAACAAAUUAGCAGCAGACCAUGUCUCAAUGAACCAAUUAACCGACGCACCUAAAGCAAAGUAUUAACGAGCCACAGUUACACAAACGAACCACAAAGGCUUUAUGUUAAAGCUCAGCCCAGCGAGCAUGACAGUUACAGGUCUGCGCCAGACGAUGACCAGUCCCACGGUGCCGCCGAGCAGCAACACUCCCGCGGGCAACCUCAUCAUCAGCAGCAGCAGCAACAGCAGCAGCAACAGCGGCAGCAACAGCGGCAGCAACCUGAGCACCGGCAACAUGGCCAGCAGCAACCUAACCAACCUGACCAACCUGAGUCCCAGCCACCAUCCGGCUGGCCUGAACGCCCUGGCCAGUCCCACCUCGCCGUCGGCACUGCUGCUGGCCCACCAGCAGCAUCUGCUGCAGCAGCACCACCAACACCAGCAGCAGCAGCAACAGCAGCAGCAGGCGGCGGCGCUCCAGCUGGCCGCAGUGCAUCCGCCGGCCCAUCAUCUGCACAAGACCACCUCCCGACUGAGCAACUUUAGCGUGGCCUCCCUCCUGGCGGACACGCGGCCCAGAACGCCACCCAACCAGGCGGCAGAUGGACCCCAGAACCUGACCAGUUCGGCCGCCACCUCGCCCAUCUCCCAGGCCAGCAGCACGCCGCCGCCUCCGCCGGCCAGUGCGGCCGCCCAAGUUCCCGCCAACACCUUCCAUCCCGCCGCCGUCGCGCACCACGCCCACUUGCUGCAAGCCGCCCAUGCGGCAGCGGCGGCACAUGCCCAGCACCAGGCGAUGGCCGCCCAGCUGCGGCAGCAGCAGCAGCAGGCCGACGCCCGGGCCAACUCGCCACCCGCCUCCACCAGCUCCACGCCCAGCUCGACGCCCCUGGGAUCCGCUCUGGGAUCGCAGGGCAAUGUGGCCGCCACUCCCGCCAAAAACGAACGCCAUUCGCCGCUGGGCAGCCACACGGACUCCGAGCUGGAGUACGACGAGGAGAUGCUGCAGGACCACGAGGCCGAUCACGACGAGGAGGAGGACUCCAUUGUGGAUAUCGAGGACAUGAACGCCGACGACUCGCCCCGCUCCACGCCCGACGGCCUCGACGGCAGCGGCAAGUCCAUGGAAUCGCCACACGGUCCGCCGCCGGGCUCGCACAUGCAAUCCACGAUACUUUCCCCGGCGGCCCUCGCCUCCGGUCAUGUGCCCAUCCGCCCGACACCCUUCAGUGCGCUGGCCGCCGCGGCGGUGGCCUGGACGGGAAUGGGCGGCGGCGUUCCGUGGCCAGGAACCAGACAAAUGCCGCCCUUCGGACCGCCUGGCAUGUUUCCGGGAGCAGGAUUCGGUGGAGAUGCCAACGAACCGCCGCGGAUCAAGUGCAACCUGCGGAAGCACAAGCCCAACCGGAAGCCCCGCACCCCCUUCACCACACAGCAGCUGCUCUCGCUGGAGAAGAAGUUCCGGGAGAAGCAGUACCUGAGCAUCGCCGAGCGGGCGGAGUUCUCCUCCUCGCUGCGGCUGACGGAAACGCAGGUGAAGAUCUGGUUCCAGAACCGCAGAGCCAAGGCCAAGCGCCUGCAGGAGGCCGAGAUCGAGAAGAUCAAGAUGGCGGCGCUGGGCAGAGGAGCUCCUGGUGCCCAGUGGGCCAUGGCCGGGUACUUCCAUCCGAGCCUGAUGCACCUGGGAUAAGUGGCGGCCCAGUUGGUGGUUGGCCAUCACCACGAUCGCCAUCAGGCGCGCCACCAACGCCCACUGGCCCACAGUGGCCAUGGUCAUCUUCAUCCUGGUAACCAAAUAACCGCUGGCGGCGGUCCUCGAGCGGAAACCCCCAAAAUUUUGCUGUGAUGUUAGCGCAUUUUACGUUACGAUACUUCCAAAUGUUGUUUCAAAUGCACACCCUGUAAAUAACUUAUAAGAAACGGAGUAGAAGCACCCGGUUUCGAUUUUUGUGCAAUCGAACUUUGUAUAUAUAGCGAGAGCAAAAGCAAGCAGAAAAAUGUUUCCUAAUUGUACAUAAAUCUAGCAUGUAAACCCAAUCAAUUGAAAAACCUUCGUUCGUUUGUUUCGUAUAAUCAAUUGACAAAGAAUGAAAAAGAACCGAACGUCGCGUCGUUCGUUUGCACAAACCAAGUCAAUAAGCGUAAAACAACAUUAACUAAAUUCAUAUUUGAUUGUAUUGUAUUUUGCAAAGUAAGUCAGUCUAGCUAAUGGAUCGAUUGUGUAUUUAAAAAAUACUUCUAAGCAUCUAAACUAAACUAAUCUAAUGCUAUAAACUAUGCCGUUAAAAGUACUUUAUGAUAAUACCACAGACCUAUACAUAUAGUUCAUACACGCAUAAUAUAUUAUGAAUACCAUAUAGCGUUAAUCCUCUGUAGUUGUUUAAUCAUAAAUCAUAAAAACGAAGUGUGAAAAAAUAAAACAAAAACAUGCGAAAAGAGCAGAAGGAAAAUCAUA